GACUUCUGGUGGCCAGCCUACUCCUACAUGUAGGCACAGAGGUCGCAGGGAAGAAACCCCACCGCUUCAUGCUGCUGCCCAAAACAGCCUCCAUGUAGCUCCAGACUCCCACAGCCGCAUGAUUGAAAAGAGAGGAAAAAAAAUGAGAUUAUGACUGAAAACAUCUGGGUGCGGCACACUUUGGAUGAAAAGGUUUCGCUCCGCCGGAGGUCGUUUUUUUUGUAUUUCCUUGCUGAAUGUCGUGGACAUUUUGGAUUUUUUUUUCUCUUCUGUUUUUUCCCCCUUUCUUAAUGCAUUUGUGUCAUUAACUCUGACAUAUUAAGGAGCGUUUUUCUCUCUUCUAAGGUUAGUUUUGAGUCAAAUAAAUACUUUUAAUUGUGAAAAACAACCGGGGGGGACGACAGCGUUGAAGAGGAGACCGUGCGUAAUGGCCCAGCUUCGGAUCGGGGGGGCGACGUUAGCUCGGUGCUAACACCAGCAAAAAAAAAGCCCAGUAUUGAACUACCCUAAUGCGCAUUUCUCCACUUCUUUUCUUUUUUGGGGAGGGUAUAAUAGCACCCUACCUAUUACCUGGACUCAAUUACCCGCGACGCUGACUCGACUGUAAUUAAGAUAAGCAAAAUUGUUGCUGUUGGAUCUAUCAUCUCCCAUCCACUGGGAUCCAGGCGCUUGAGUCCUAAAUGACAAGUGCCUGAGGAUGUCCAAGCGGAGCCUGUUUGUUCGUCUGGUGCCAUGCCGCUGCUUGCGGGGUGAGGAGGAGGCGGUGACAUCGCUGGACUACUCCCACUGCAGCCUGGAGACUGUUCCUAAGGAGAUCUUUAGCUUUGAGAAGACCCUGCAGGAACUCUACCUCGAUGCCAACCAGAUUGAGGAGCUGCCUAAACAACUGUUUAACUGCCAGUUGCUCCACCGACUGAGCAUGCCAGAUAAUGACCUAACAGUAUUGCCGGCAGCCAUCGCAAACCUCAUCAAUCUCAGGGAGCUUGAUGUCAGCAAAAACAGUAUCCAGGAGUUUCCGGAAAACAUCAAGAAUUGUAAAGUCCUAACUAGUGUAGAAGCCAGUGUGAAUCCCAUAUCCAAGCUCCCAGAUGGAUUCACCCAGCUCCUGAGUCUGACGCAGCUCUACCUGAACGAUGCCUUUCUGGAGUUCUUACCCGCCAGCUUUGGAAGGUUGACUAAACUUCAGAUCUUGGAGCUGAGGGAGAACCAGUUAAAGAUGUUGCCAAAAAGCAUGCAGAAGCUCACACAGCUGGAGAGGUUGGACCUGGGGAGUAAUGAGUUCACUGAAGUGCCUGAGGUGUUGGAGCAGCUGACUGGAAUCAAGGAGUUGUGGAUAGACGGGAACCGACUGACGUUUUUACCUGGGAUGCUGGGGACGCUAAAACAGCUGGUGUACCUGGAUGUGUCCAAGAACAACCUGGAGAUGGUAGACGAGCAAAUCUGCGGCUGCGAGAGUCUGCAGGACCUUCUGCUCUCCAACAACGCCCUCACACAGCUGCCAGGCUCCAUCGGCUCACUGAAGAAACUCACUGCACUGAAAGUGGACGAGAACCAGCUGAUGUACUUGCCUGACUCAGUUGGAGGACUGGCAUCUCUGGACGAGCUGGACUGCAGUUUCAAUGAGAUCGAAGCUUUGCCCUCUUCCAUCGGCCAGUGUGUCAGCAUCCGCACCUUUGCUGCAGAUCACAACUUCCUCACCCUGCUUCCCCCGGAGAUGGGCAACUGGAAGAACGCAACUGUGCUCUUCCUUCAUUCCAACAAGCUGGAGUCUCUGCCUGAGGAGAUGGGUGAAAUGCAGAAGCUCAAGGUCAUCAAUCUCAGCAACAACAAGUUGAGGAAUCUUCCCUACAGCUUCACUAAACUGAACCAGAUGACUGCAAUGUGGCUGUCAGAAAAUCAGUCAAAGCCCCUGAUCCCUCUCCAGAAAGAGGAGGACCCAGAGACACACAAAACCGUGCUGACCAACUACAUGUUCCCCCAGCAAACCAGGACUGAGGACUACAUCCCCAACUCUGACUCUGAGAGCUUCAACCCAGCUCUCUGGGAGGAGCAGCGCAAGCAGCGAGCUCAGGUGGCCUUUGAGUGUGACGAGGACAAGGACGAGAGAGAAACACCCCCAAGGGAGGGAAACCUGAAGCGCUACCCUACACCAUACCCAGACGAGCUGAAGAACAUGGUGAAGACGGCCCAGUCUGUGGCUCACAGGCUGAAGGAGGACGAGUCGAGUGACGAGUCGGGGAAGGAUGCCAAACCUACUGAGAGGAACCACAUUGGAGUGCAGGACGUGGGAGUUAAGGUGAUAGAGGGUCCCUAUCCUAAUGGCACAGUGUCAGACAUGGAGUCCCAAAUAUCUACACACACAUAUUCCCAUAACCCCUCUGCAACGGAACCGAAAGACACUUCAGAGUCUUACAGCGCUCAGAGGGUUCCUCUCAAAUCUUCAGGGGGCUCGGCGAUGAAUCAUGAGGACACACUGGAUUCUGACGAGCUGUCCGAUGAAGAGGAGGAGAUGAAAAUUGCAGAGAUGAGACCCCCUCUCAUUGAGAUCUCCAUCAACCAGCCUAAAGUAGUGAUGUUGAGUAAGGACAAAAAAGAUGACGCCGACUCUUUGCUGGAUGACACGGUGGCCAACAGCAACCAGAACAACAGUAACUGUUCGUCGCCAUCACGCAUGUCCGACUCGGUGUCUCUGACCACGGACAGCAGUCAGGACAACUCUCUGUGCACCCCCGAGAGAGAGGCAAAGAUGCCCUUCCUACCGAAAAGCCGGCAUGAGGAUGAGAACAUGAACCAGCCUAAAGACACCACCCCUCUCCUCCAUAACGGCAACGGAUCUGAGACGUCCCUUCAGGCCCUUUUGAAAACCCAGCAGACUCCGCCGGACAAAAUGGGUGACUACGACCUUUCACUGGAAGCCAGGCUGGCCUUCAUUGAGAAGAGAUUCAACAACGGCAUGGGAGAAUCCUACACCAACUGGGACCAGAUCAAUAUGAACGUGUCCAAGCUGCCAACGGACAACAUGGUUCAGCUGGACGAGGUGGACAAAACCAAGAAUGGUUCAGUAACCCCGGACUUGGACAGCAAGCAGGGCUUCAGCAACGUCAACAUGGAGGAGCAUUUCCUGAAUGGAAACCAGCAGGUCGGCGACUGCAUCAAUAGCCUUGGGAACAAAAGCCAAGCGUGUGUGGCCUCGACAGGCGUGACAGCCAGCAGUGACAUGUCUCUGUCUCGCAGCACAGAGGAGCUGUCUCCGGAUAAAAGGUGCCAUCCGGCGCAGGUGAUGAAGUCUCACAGCGUGGGCAACAUCGAAACAGGAGGCAUGAAGGUGUACUCCUUCGAUGGGGGCGACGACUCCUAUGACGCAGCAGGAAUGACGAGGAUGUCGGGCGCCGGUCCAGGAGCUCAGGGCCAGAGCAUCGUCCGGAGCAAGUCGGCCAGUCAGCUACUCAACGACCAGACUCUCCAGAUCUACCCGGGCUCCUCUGCGUCUUCCUCAGACCUGCUCUCCUCCUCUAAGCCCCCUGCCAGCACCAGCAGAUACCCAGUCUCCUCCAGCAUGGCCAUGGGCAUCCCUCCUCCUCAGUACAAUAUACAGUACGCAAGCAAUGCCAUGCCUAAAGAGGGCCUCUGGGCCACGCGGACCCCCAUACCCCCAGAGCACCAAGGUUACCUCCCCCCUCCUCCACACUCACUAGCCAACACAAACUACUCCAACCGAAAUCAAGCGCCUCCGUACCCUCUACAGGCCCAGCAAAGGGGGCCUCCCAUGGCUGCCAAACUGCCUGGGGACAUGUGGACUAAGGAUAGACUUCAUACUACCGGAGGCCAGGUCAGAAGCAGCACUCUGCAGAGGCAGAGCAGCACGGCCUCCACAGCCUCCAUAACCUCCAUGGGCGACCCGAGGCGCAUACAGGUGCCUGAUGGGGACUACAUGACGUACAGGGACAUUCACACCCUCGCCAGGGGGCCGCUGGCGAUGAGCCACGCCAUGCAGAGGCCCCUGUCAGCUCGCACUUACAGCAUCGACGUGCCCGGAGCUUCCCGGCCUCUCAUCUCCAGGCCGCAGCCCCACGAGCUUCCGGAGAGGACCAUGUCCGUCAGCGAUUUCAACUACCAGCAGAGCAGCCCGAGCAAGAGGCCCAACACCAGGGUGAAGUCUGAGCACUCGCUGCUGGAUGGGCCCGGACAGAUGUCAGGAGGCGUCGGGCCAGGGAGGGUGCCAGCUGAUUGGAGGGACCAGGUGAUGCGGCACAUUGAGUUCAAGAAAAUGGAAAAGGAUGAUGUGUUUCCCCAAGUGCAGCAGAGCUACACCUUGGAUCACCACAGAAAAGUGCCUUUGAUGAACGGUCAGAUGGGUCCUUCUGUUCGUCCUCAGGUGAGCCAGGCGCCGAUGGCCCGCCACCCUUCCAGAGAGCAGCUCAUUGAUUACCUGAUGCUCAAAGUCUCCCAUCCGCCCCGGGGGCCACGCGUCCCACAGGACUCACUGCAGCAAGAGUUCCGUGUUAAAGUGGAGAAGAAUCCCGAGCUGGGUUUCAGUAUAUCAGGAGGAGUGGGCGGACGGGGAAAUCCUUUUCGACCAGAUGACAAUGGUAUAUUUGUGACAAGGGUUCAACCUGAAGGACCGGCAUCCAUGAUUCUUCAGCCCGGUGAUAAAAUCCUCCAGGCAAAUGGAUAUAGCUUUGUGAAUAUCGAUCAUCUGCACGCAGUGUCCCUCCUGAAGACGUUUCCGAACACUGUGGAUAUGAUUAUCAUAAGAGAAGCGCAAGCAUAGACUCAACCCGAAACUGACCCGGAAAGCGGACGUACACGAGACGAACAGAGAAAUUUAUGUUGACUCUCAUAUUUUUAUACGCAGAGGAGACUGACCUGUUGAUAACCUGUUGGGACUAUUUAUAGUAGAGAUCUUCAUAGCCUUGAUUUAAACGGGGAAAACCACUGAAUGUAGUGGAUUUAAAGUGAGAAGGAGGCGAACCUCUGCAAGUACGAGUCCUCAAAAGGCCAUCACUGUGGUAUAUAUAUUUUUAUACAAAAAGAAGCUGAAGAUGUGACCUGCUCUGAUGCAAGUUAUUACUGUGGUCUCUGUACAGAUCAUCUUUUUUUUUUUUCUUUUUUUUUUUUUUUUUUGUCCAAAACUCAUAAAUCCUUUAUCAUACAUAAGGUUUUAUUUCUGCGGGAUGAAUUGACCACUUGGGGACAGAACUCUCUCUCCUCUGUCAUCUAAUUUGCCUUUUUUUUUUUUUUUUUUUUUAAGAUGUUGAAACCAUUUUCUGAUCUGCCGUGCGAUCUUAUAUGGAGGACAAUGUUACGUGCUUUUCGUGUGGAGACGAAUGUCGAUCAAGGAGGUGUUUUUGAUUUAGAUUUUUUUUUUUUUUGAGGAGAGAUAUUUUCUUUUUAUUUCUCCUCUUGCAAGAUUGAAGAGUUGAGAAGAGGAAAUCAUCCACCACUGCUUCCAUAAACCUGUGAACACCCUCCGGCGCACAAACAAAUAAUCCUCACAGCGACCGCUCUGCAUAUCACCUCACCAGACCAACUACCUGUGCUGUGUGGGAACAAUCCUCCGUCACGUGAAUGAGUCACAGCUCGAAGAAAUGCACUCUGCACGUGAUCAUUUCAUGAGACUGGAAAAAUUGGAAAAGGAAAUUCAAAUAUUGGGUGGAAAUGGGAGAGGAGAGGUGUAGCAUGUGUUUGCUCAGCCUUAAUGUGUUUUGCCAGGCAGAAGAUUUCGUUUAAAGCUAAAGUUUAACAUUUUGGAAAAUAUGCUUAGAAAGUGAAUGCGCAUAUUUCCCAAAAAUGUCAGAACUAUUCCUUUUUUAAGCGGAGAAAGAUUUGGCGGUUGUGCUAGUUAACCAAAGCAAGUUUGGAAAUGGUGAACGGAAGGCAAAAGCAGGAGACGACUUUAAGAAAGAACAGGUCAACGCUUCAUUCGUGUUUUUAUUCUUUUUAAGGGCUUCAUCUUUCAGACAGCCGUUUGGGAGACGAGUGAUGCUUUGGUUUCAACAUCUGUCCGUUUUAUCUUUUACAUGGGAGAAGACCACAGUUUGCCUUUUGUGUCUGUAAAAAUGUUUUAUCAUGCUUUUUACUCAUCACUUUGGAGCAGUUCCUCAAUCUUUUUUUCUUUCUUUUUUUAAUCUUUGCUGUACAGAGAGUAGAGUUGGGAGAAACAAGUUGUCAAGUGCCAUAGACCUUGAACUGUUUGAACAGGGGGGGAGGACCUUUGACCCCAGAACCCAAGCAAUAUCCACAACCGUCUGAGUACAUUUGCAGCAUACAAUGGCUUAAAAGCAAUAUUUAAAGCCUUUAUUUUCAUUCAACAAAACAUCAGAUAGCAUUUUUUUUUUUUUAAACACAAUCUUCUAAUAAUCACCGAUGAUUUUACAUGAUUUUUAUAUUGUGAAAAUAAUCAUUUUUUGUAAUGAAAUAGCACAGGAAAUAUCUAUGGGAGUGCUUAAAAAAACAAAACGAAGAUUUCUCUGCAUUGUGUAAAAGUGAAUGUUUGUGUCACUUUGCCUGAGUGCUUUUUACUAUUUGUAGCUUAGAUAGACCAUAACCCCUGAUGUUCAUUUGUGCAAAAUAAUCAACUUAACACUGUUGAAAAAAAAUAAUCCAGUCAAAGCUGCAUCUCAGAACAUUCCUAAUGUUUGUCAAAGAUCUGUGUCAGAAGGAAAAAUGUGUUUUUAAAGGCACUGUUAUGUCACUUCAGAUUCUCUGUGCACCACUCUGUUAAUAUCCAUUCACUGGUAAAUAACUCUUCAGUGACGUGUUUCCAAAGAAAAUGGAAAUGAUCAAAUUCACAAAGUAAUGGCCCCAUAAAUUCCAAUGAAACAUUUGUAACCACUGAAUUAUUUGUACAAUAUAUAAUUUAAUCCUAGUGUUUAAAAAAAACGUCAUUCCCUCAACUUGUUUACAGUAGAUUUUAUAAUCUGCUGUUCCCAUAAGUAGUUAAGAUUGACCCAUAUUUUAUUCUUAUGGCACUGUCUAACCAAAAUGAAACACUGUGGUAAUUAACUAAAUUAAAAUAUCCCUUUUUAAUAGAAAUAGUUGUUCUAAGUGAAGCUGUACCCUUAAUUUUUAAACUGAUUCUUAAAUUGGUACAUUUUAUUCACAGGCCAAUGACAUUAAUAAUGUGCAUUUCCCCAAAUUCCUCACAGAAAAUACUAUUUUACACGGAUGAAUUGUUGUUUAUAUUAUUUGUAUUCAUUUUUUUGGGAUGAUUUCAGUUGACUUUUGGAGAUUAGGAGAGAAACAUUUCUGCGGUAAUGGUCACUUUAUAUUCAUGGCAAAAAAAAAACAAUACAGUCUGACAUCGUAGACAAUCUAGGGAGAUAAAACAUGUCACCUUUUUCUUCAUUCACGUGGGUCGGUUUCUUAUGCUCCUGUAUUCUUAUUUAUUUAGCAGUCUUCUGUGGUUUUUAGACCCUUACUAAUCAAAUUGUAAAUACUCUUCAAAAAAAAAAAAAAAAAAAAAAGUUGAGAAAAGAAUUAAUGACGGCAUUAGUGACUUGCGAUUGUAAAACCAGCAAUAAAUUGCAAUGCAGAGGCACUCGUUUUAAUGUAUAGCUAGUAUUUCUAAGGUUUCUCUGGAAACGGCCACAGUGAGAUGAUGAUUGAUAUGCAUUUAUCCAACAUUCCAGAUUUUGUACAUAAUUACCUGUUUCUGAAGUAACCUGUGGAAAAUAAACUAAUGCUC